UUGUAGUUCUCAAUGCGAAAUCAGCAUACAUUUGGUGGCUGUGUUGUACCUCGUCAGUGCGGCCGAACUGGUGGUGAACCAUUUCUGGCCCGAAUUGGUGGAGUUAUGUGUACUGUGUGUAGGGAAGAGCAGUAAGGCGACAUCAUACAGUUGUACCACGCUUUGUGACUGUGCUAUCUGUGCAGAGCUUGCCGUAAACCACAAAGUUGGCAUAAAUAGAGCCUCAGGCCCUGUGUGUUCGAUCAAGAACGUGCUACACUCGAAGGUGUUCGCGAGGGUAUAGACAGCUAUACCUCUUCAGCAGGUUUUAGAGGUGUUUUCGCUAGGGCUUUCCGCAUGUUCUUUCAUCGUUUGAAGGAUUAUCUCUCGAUCCAGAAACAAGGGGUGCAGUCGCAGCUCGACGGGAUGAGGAGUUGUGUUUACUAUUCCAACUGGUCGGUGUACUCCAGAAAGCAUUUCCCAGACCAGAUACCUUUGGAAUAUACAACAAAUGUAUUCUAUGCGUUCUUCAACGUUGAUCCGUUGACCGGGGAGGUGAAGCUGAGUGAUAGCUGGGCCGACUUGGAGUUGCCCAUAGAGUCUCACUUUGCUGAGAACGGGCGAGACACAACGACAUGUACAAAUGACGGACUCAUAGCAACGAUGUUUGCCUUGAAGAAGCUUCACAGACACGUUAAGGUGUCAAUGUCCAUUGGUGGAUGGUCAAAUAGGGAUAGCUUCAAGGAGGGUCUCUCAACCGAUGAGAAGCUGAACAGGUUUGUCAACUCUGCAGUUGAAUUGAUGUUGUUAUACGGAUUUGAUGGGAUUGAUUUAGACUGGGAAUACCCAGAAACUCACCAUGAAAUUUCCAAAUACGUUCUAGUAAUGAAAAAAUUGAGGCUAAAGUUUAGAAACAUUGAAGAGUUGAAAGGUUUGAAGAUGGAUACCAUUUUGUUGACGAUGUCAUCUCCAGCAUUCAUUGGGAUGUUGAGUACUUUCCCAGUGAGAGAGAUUGACAGAUACUUGUCAUUCUGGAAUUUGGUGUCUUAUGAUUUCGCAGGGGAAUGGUCAGAGACAACAGGCUACCAUUGCAACUUGUACAAGAGAAGCUCUACUUUGAUGAGCAGUGAUGAAUUGUGCGCUGAUGAUGCAGUCAAGUAUUUGAUAAAGAAGGGCAUAGAUUCAACAAAGAUUGUCCUUGGAAUGGCAAACUAUGGUAGAUCUUUCACAAUGACUGGUGGAUUGGGUCACCCAUUCCAUGGCGUUGGCGACGGAUCUAGUGAUGAAAAGGGUAUUUGGAGUUACAACAAAUUGCCAUUACCUGGUACAAAGGAACAGUACGAUGAACAGUGCGUUGUUGCUUAUUGCUAUGACUCCAAGUCAAAGACAUUUGUAUCUUAUGACAACCCUGAAUCUGUUAAAAAGAAGGGUAAAUACGUCCACUGUAUGAAGCUAGGAGGUGGUAUGUGGUGGGAAUCCUGUGGUGACUGCUACGACGAUCCAUCUAGGUCCUUGAUCCACAAUUUUGUGGAAUCCAUUGGAGGAGUUCAGGUCCUCGAUCAAACCAAUAACUUAUCGACUGAAGUGUUUGUUAAUAGUGAGUUUCUCAUCUCAAAAAACCUUGUCUGACUUUAAGUCACCUACCACCAUUCUUACACUAGUAUAACAACUCAAAUACAAUCGUCAAAUUUAGUAUCUUAUAGCACCAUCAUGUGUCUCUUUCUAUGAUAGUGGAUAAACAACCACACACAUCCCUUCUAAUUAGUAUAUACUUUUUCUUUCCGGUAUACAAUGACUUCUACAUCACAAGAGUGUGUCCAUGUUUGAGAAGACGGAUAAGACACCAGCGACAACCUCUAGUUGUAAGUCUGAGUUUGGAUUGUUCUCAAUUUCUUGGUUAACCUCUUC